AUGUCUCACCCUCAGUCCAUCUUCCACCACACAAGCUUCACGCCAGGCUCAAUCCUCCACCAGCGCAGAAGCACAGUCUCAAAAACAACCCUUCGUACUCAACUCACAAGACUUCGCGAGACUGGUCGAUAUGAUUGCUUCAAGCUCCAAUGGCAUGAGAUUUAUGCGGACAAAUCCAUGUGGCCUGUCCCAUUUCACCUCUUUUGGGAUAGUGACAUAGCGAAAUGGAUCGAGGGCGCUUGUUACUUUCUCCAUGAUGAGUAUGAUUCUGAGAUUGAUAGUGCAGUGCAGGAGCUGGUGGAAAUGAUCCGCUCGGCUCAGCAAGAUGAUGGAUAUCUGAAUGUUCAUUAUACUGUUGUUGAACCUGGGAAACGGUGGACUAAUUUGCAGGAUAUGCAUGAGCUGUAUAAUGCUGGUCAUCUCAUUGAAGCUGCCAUAGCGCACCAUCAGUACUACAAGAACAACCUUCUCCUAGAGCCCAUUGAGAAAUACGUCGCUCUGAUCCAUCGCACCUUUGGAAAGGCAGACGACCAGCUUCAUGGGUACCCAGGACAUCCCGAGAUUGAACUAGCAUUGUUCCGCCUUUACCAAGCCACCGGCAAUGAAGACGCUUACGAGCUGUCCAAGUACUUCCUCGAAGAACGAGGCAACCCAAAGGGACAGGAUGACCAGCGUUACUUUGAGUGGGAAUCGAAACAACGCGGGCAGAGUCUCUACCAUCGACCGGACUCGUAUCCUGAACAUGCCUCUCACUGGUAUUGUCAAGCCCACCAACCUAUCCUGGAGCAGCAAACCGUCGAAGGUCAUUCAGUACGAGCCAUGUACUUGUUAACUGCCGUCGCCGACAUGGUCUGCAUCGAUAUCUCGGGCACACAGUCACUGUCAACUUCAUCACAGUGGAAAGACACGCUCUACCGCCUCUGGAACAACAUGGUCGAUAAGAAGAUGUACCUCACUGGGGGAAUCGGCGCUAUUAAACAAUGGGAAGGUUUUGGUCGUGAUUAUUUCCUCCCUCAAAGCACUGAUGAAGGGGGGUGCUACGCAGAGACAUGUGCAUCCAUCGCAGUUAUGAUGCUGGCAGAACGACUUCUCCACAUCGACCUCGAUGGAAAGUACGGUGAUGUCAUGGAACUUUGCCUCUACAACAACGUCAUGACUUCGAUGAGUCUUGAUGGAAAGGCUUUUACUUAUGUGAACCAGCUUGGUAGUUCGGAGAGUGACAAGAGUGUUAGAGAGGAGUGGUUUUGGUGUGCCUGCUGUCCUCCGAAUGUCACGCGUCUUUACGGCUCACUGGGUGGUUAUCUCUGGGAUUUUAGAGAGACUUCGAAGAACGAGGCAUUCAUCAAUGUGCAUUUGUUCACUAAAGCUGAGUUGAAAUUCAAGGCCAAGGCAGGAGAGGUCGUGCUGCAGCAAGACUCAGACUGGCCUUGGGAUGGGCUUGUCAAGUUCCGCCUCAAGGCCCCUGACUCAGUUAAAACAACCAUCAGACUCAGAAUUCCAGGCUGGUCUAACAACCAAUACACCGUGGAACCAAAGCCGGUUGAUGGCAGUAUGCACCUCAGCAAAGGGUACCUCACCCUAAGCUCGUCCUUCACAGCAAACCACCCUGAGUUCUCUCUUAGGAUAGGAAACUUUACCCCGCGCUACAUUACUCCGCAUCCAUAUACCAACCAGCACACCUUGACACUGGCUCGAGGUCCCUUGGUGUACUGUAUUGAAGAUGCAGACAACAAGUGGGAAGAGAAUCACUUCAAGGAUGUCGGAAUAGAAGCGAGUUGUCCCAUUACGGAGGAAAGGCGAUGUCUUGGUGGGAAGGAGGAGUAUGUUGCUUUGAAAACAUCAUGCUGGAAACGAGCUUUGGACUCUGGGGAGAAGGGCUCGACACCUGGUUAUGUGGUCAGUGGGUUAGAUUCUGGCUUCAAUGAUGAGAAAGAUGGUAUCUUCAUACCAUAUUAUCUCAGGGCUAAUCAAGGUGGGAACGGGCAUAUGAGAGUUGGGCUCCAUCACAUUACAGGCUAG